AUGGCUACCAACCGAUGUCAGUGGGAUCUUGUGUUCGGUUCCUAUCCGGAUUGUCUGAAUGAGUGUUUGGAGGCGAGCGUACGUCAAAUAAUGCGUGGACUUGACGGAAUGCUCAUUAGGAACCUCCAAAGACGGACGGACCGUUGGACAGAACAUCUCGUGUCCCAGUUCAGCCAAGGUGCUUCUAUUAUGGCAACUUCCACUAAGUGCUAUAGCGCGAAUUUACUGACCUCACCUCUGCCUCUAGACUUCCCCUGUCUAGGUUUGGGCAACCUGGCUGUAUUCCAGCCCUCAUGCUUUCUUUGGAUGGCAUGGCAGUUAAGCACCGAAAGAAUGCUGCAUAAAUCUAUCAAUUGGAAAAAUAUGCCAUUCAGUUGCACCCCCCCAUCGAACUGUAGCACCCUUUGGGUGCCUAACUGGGAUGCCACCCGCAGGAAGCACGAGGGCUGGGAUAUUGCCAGGUUGCCCAAGUGUUAG